AUGCGAGCCAUGAAUGAAGUUGAAGAUUUUGAAAGCUUCCUUGAUGAAGGAUUUAAUGAGUUCAAAUUUGCCAAUGAUCUCUUACUAGGGACCAAUGAUCACGAAUGUGAAGUUCUCGAUGUAGAAACUUCUAUCAAGAAGUUAACAUUUGAUUUGGAUGAGGUAGAAAAGCGAAUGAAGAAAUUAUCAUCAAAUCACUAUGAAGAUUUAAUAACCAAUUUCCAACACAUUGAAAGUACUAAUAGUUUAAUGAAAUCCAAGAUCACUCCCAACUUAGAAAGAGUUAAUAACUCAUUCAGUAAAGUUGAUCAAGAAAUCAUUCAACCUUAUGAAGAAUCAGUCAAAAUGAAUCAAGCAUUAAAGAAGAUCCAUACUACGUUAGAUUUACUUAGAGGUUCGAAUUUCUUCUUUAUGAUAAUGUCACAAAUAGAAGAUUUGGAGAAAUCAGGUACUAAUAUUAUCAAAUUAUGUAGAAUGUAUCGUCAAGUGAACAACUUGUUACAAGAAGCUAAUGAAGAAUUACUCUCAAUCCAGGUGAUUAGAGAGUUCCAACCUAUUCACAAUGUCAAAUAUAAGAACUUGGUGGAUACAUUGACUACAGUUAUCAAUAAUGAAAUCAACCAUAGUGUUAAAUUCGAUGCUUCCAAUACAAAUUUGAAGAACCACUUGAUAGGAUAUUAUAUUUUGGAGAAUUCCAUAACGUCCAUUAUUGAACGAACAUCCAUUUCUAAGAAAGUACAGAUCAAUUCCACACAACUCUCCAGAUCAUUACAAAGUCCUAGAAACUUCAAUCAACUAAUCAAUGAACUAAAUACUGAUUGUAAGGAAUAUUUAAAGAAAAUAUCAACCAUAUUGAAACAAUGUGAAAUAUUUGAACGAUCAAGUAAUCUUUUAGAUAUUUUUAAUAAGGAAGGAGAGUUAUCAACGGUAUUUUGGAACAGUUUGGUGAAGAACUUCGAGAAAACUUUGGUAUCAACAAUGGCAAGAGGAGGACCAGUUGCAAAGAAUCUCAAAAUCUAUCGACAAGGAAUAAUUAAAUCAAUUGAAGAAGUUUUUGAAGGACAAGAGAAAGAGAUGUUCUUAGAAGCAAUUAAAAUCAUUAAAUAG